AAACACAAACGACUCUUAGAAGUUUGUCUGUUUGUAGUGUGUCGUCGAGUUUUUUAGUUAGUUAAAUUUAAAACUUUUCAAGUGGUUUCUGCUUUAUAGUCAGCAAUAGUAAACUAACUAUCCGGAAUUGAAUGUCGUCAUUUUGCCUUAGAUACUGUUUAUAAAUUCUAUUAACCAUUCUUUUCCUAUUUUACUAUUCGGUUUGUAAUCAAAGCACCAAGGGGUUAUUAAUUUUUUUAAAAACUACAGUCAACGUUACGCCAACGUCGCUGGACUUUUUCAAGGAUGUAAGGUGCAUGGACUCGCUACUAAACGUAAACUGUGGGAUGGGAGAAUACAGCCGGGCGUUAUGGUCUUAUUACGUGGGGGUUACCAACAAUUUUACAAUUUAUUUUUGAAAAUUAAAAAACCAUAAUUGAAGUUUAAAGACCUUCACAGUGCACGUGCUACGUACUGGAGUGACGAGGGGGACCAGAUAAGACCACGCAUUACGAUGGCGUUACAAGAUACGGAAAUUCGCUUUUGUAUUGUAAACUUCAAUCGAUAUCAGCAUGUUUAUCAUUAGAUAAAGCUACAAAUUCUCUACUCUCAAUAAUUUAUAUAUGUAGAUACUUACAUUGCAGCCAUGUCACUAACAGCGAGACAGUUAACAGUACCCACCUUAGUUAAUAACAUUAUUAUUUGUUUUGUGAUGAGGUCAAUAAAAAUAUAAAAUGAGUCCGUACAGAGUGGGUUUUUACUUAAUUUUGAACGCCGUGUUUUCCAUCACAAUAAUACUGCUCAACAAAUGGAUUUAUGCUCACGGUAUAUUUCCGAACAUAACGUUAUCGAUGUUACAUUUUGUGGUUACCUUUUUGGGAUUGCACGUGUGCCAAAAAAUUGGUGUUUUCGAAAAAAAGACGGUUGUAUUGGACGAUAUUGUUAUAUUAGCGUUUUCGUUUUGUGGAUUUGUAGUGUUGACGAAUUUAAGUUUGCAGUAUAAUUCGGUCGGAACGUUUCAGGUUGCGAAAAUGCUGACUACCCCUGGAGUGGUUCUUAUACAGAGUAUUUAUUACAGGAAACAUUUUUCAUUUCUAACCGUACUCACCAUGGUUCCCGUACUGGUAGGGGUAACCGUUUGUUUCUGUUAUGACAUACAGUUGAACAUUUUCGGAACUAUUUUGGCACUUUCUGGUGUUAUUGUAACUUCACUGUACCAAGUAUUGGUGAAUUCAAAACAAUCAGAACUGCAGUUAGACUCUAUGCAACUGUUGUAUUACCAAGCACCUUUUUCAGCAAUUUUGCUAUGCUUUUGCAUCCCAGUUUUUGAACAUCCCAAGACGUUCAAUCAUGUAUGGACCGUUCAGGAUAUGGCGAUGGUUUUUACGUCAUGUUUUGCGGCUUUGUUUGUGAAUCUCACAACUUAUUGGAUCAUUGGAAAUACGUCUCCCCUAACAUAUAACAUGUUGGGCCAUUUCAAGUUUGUUCUCAUAACUAUGGGUGGAUGGUAUCUAUUCGAAGAAAAAACCUCAGUUUAUCAAGUUGUGGGGAUUUUAAUGACAUUGUGUGGAAUAAUAGCGUACGGACACGUUAAAAUGAAAGAAGGCGAUAAGGCGCGUCUUGCAAGGACGGAAAGUUUAAAUAAAGAAGAUACAUGUUGACUUUUUAUUAGUAAAUAAAUUAUACAAAAAAACAAACUUGUUACGAAAA